UAUUACGCGCUGGUUUCAAGGACGUGGCGGUUGGCAACUCUCUCGAAGGUGGGAGAGAUGUCUGUGAUGUGCAAGAGAAAACACCGGGAGAAAUUAAAAAUGGGCACAUCUCGUCGUGUCCUUCAUAAUGUCAGUCACAUGUCCCACAAAAGCUUUCGAGUUGGACGGACGGAGCCAGUAACAACAAACUUUUAUGCGGAAUUAGAGUCUAAUAGUCCGACUAUCCAACAGGAGUUGGAAGAUAAGCUGAUGAGUCUAAUGGCGGACAAGAAUUCUAAUUUGAACGAAAUCGAAGCUUUGAUCAGUCAAGGUGCUACCAUUAAUUGCACCAAUCGUGAAGGUCUGACUCCACUUCUGCAGCUGGUCAAAUUGGGCCAUGCAAGAAACGAUUUACUGGAUGUGAUUCGCUUGUUGUUGGAUCAAAACGGAAUCGAUGUCAAUUGCAAAGAUUCUGACGAAUGGAAUGCCCUUUAUUAUUUGUGUCGGCUUUAUCAGAAAGCUAACUUGAUCAAUAUUAUUCUGUUGUUGAUUCAACGGGGAAUCCAAGUCGACUGGACCAACAAAUUGAAGAAAAAUGCGUUUCUAUUACUAUGCCAACAUUAUCCACACAAGAAUAUGAUCGAUAUCGUUCAAAUAUUCAUUGAUAAUAAUAUCGAUAUUGGAUGCAAAGACAACGAUGGAUGGAAUGCUCUGCAUCACUUGUGCAGUAACUACAAACAAUCGAAUUUAGUGGACGUUAUUCGUCUUUUAGUAGAACACGGAAUGGACAUCACAUGCAACAAUGGCGGUGGCUGGAACGCACUCCAUAUUCUUUGUCAAGAAAAGACGGAAGACAAUUAUAUGGAUUUAAUUAAACUCUUUAUCAAUCUUGGAAUAGAUGUCAAUAGUAAAAAUAAAGGUGGAUGGAACGCGCUGCAUAUUUUAUGCCAAAAUUAUCAGAAGGAUAAUCUCAUUGACAUUGUUCGACUUUUCAUCAACCAUGGAAUCGAUGUCAACUGCAGUAACGACGAUGAAUGGAAUGUUCUACAUAAACUGUGUAAUCGGUACACGGAAGAAAAUUUGGUUGAUUUAAUUCAACUUUUGAUUGAUCACGGAAUAGAUGUCAAUAGUAAAAAUAAAGGUGGAUGGAACGCGCUGCAUAUUUUAUGCCAAAAUUAUCAGAAGGAUAAUCUAAUUGACAUUGUUCGAAUUUUCAUCAACCAUGGAAUCGAUGUCAACAGUAUUAACGACGAUGAAUGGAAUGUUCUACAUAUUCUGUGUAAUCGGUACACGGAAGAAAAUUUGGUUGAUUUAAUUCAACUUUUGAUUGAUCACGGAAUAGAUGUCAAUAGUAAAAAAAAAGGUGGAUGGAACGCGCUGCAUAUUUUAUGCCUAAAUUAUCAGAAGGAUAAUCUAAUUGACAUCGUUCGAAUUUUCAUCAACCAUGGAAUCGAUGUCAACUGUAGUAACGACGGUGAAUGGAAUGUUCUACAUAAACUGUGUAAUCGGUACACGGAAGAAAAUUUGGUUGAUUUAAUUCAACUUUUGAUUGAUCACGGAAUAGAUAUCAAUAGUAAAAAUAAAGGUGGAUGGAACGCACUUCAUUGUUUGUGUAAAAACUACAAGAAGGGUAAUCUAAUUGACAUUAUUCGACUUUUUAUUAACAAUGGAAUCGAUGUCAAGUGUAUUACCGACGGCGGAUGGAACGUUCUACAUAUUUUGUGUAAAAAUUGUUCGAAUUUGAGCAAUUUGGUUGAGAUAGUUGAACUGUUGGUGGAGAAUGGAAUCGAUGUUGAUUGCAAGACCCAGCAUGGUAAAGGAUUGAAUGCAUUCAAAAUUUUUUGCAACGACAAUGCAAAUGCUAAAGUGUACAACAAACUAAAGCUGCUUCUAGAGAAAAAAUAACUAAGAGGAACACAAAAAUUAAAUCUGUAAUCUUUUUUCUUAUAUACUUUUAUGUCAAUUGUCCCAUUACUCACAAACAUUGGCAAUCAAUUAACAGAGGAGAUGUUUAAAAAAAUACAAUAUUUGCUAUUGUU